AUGAAUAAAAGUUAUUUUAGGAUAUAUUUAUAUAAUUUUAUAAUAUUAAUUGUAUCAUUAAAGUUUAAGUCAUAUUAUAAAAAAGGAGCUUAUGAUAAUGGGAAUUAUAAUAAUAUAUAUUUAGAUAAAUAUACAAGAAUUUUAUCACAACAUAUUACAGAUGAACCAUUACAUAAUAGGUUAUCUACUUUAAAUGUACAAAGUAGUAAAAGAGUAAAUAAUGAAGAUAGAGUAGUUUGUAAAUUAAACGACAAAACAGUGGACAAUAAAAUGCUGGAUGAAAAAAAUAUGAUAGGUUAUAAUAUCUUAAAUGAUAAAUUAAAUAAAGAGUAUGAUAAAUAUCAUAAAAAAAAUGCCUCUUUAAAAAGAAAUAAAAAAAAAGUAACAAAAAAGGACGUAUUGUACAAAAUGAUAUUCAAAGGAAAAACAUUUUGGAAUGUUCUAAAAAACGUUAUAACUGGAUUGGGAUUCACAUCUGUAAUUAGUUGUAUAGUUUGGGCGAUUUUAUGCAUUUUAAAACUAAAUGAUGUUGCGAUAUAUUUGGCUAUGGUUUCAGGUGGAACUGUAUUAUUGAUAAUACUUUUUUGUGUUAUCUCUUGGUUACUUGUUACAUGGUUGUGGCCUUACAAAGAUGAAUAUAAUAGAAAGCAUAAUAAAUAA